AUGAUUUUGAGUAACCCCAAGUCAAAACCACCAGCACGAAUUGAAAGAUGGAAUCUCAGAAUUCAAGAUUUUGACUUUAACGUUGUUUAUACCAGUGGUGCUAACAAUGCAUCAGAUUUUCUGUCUCGGCAUCCAUUAAGCAGAGAUGUAGACCAUACACAAGAGGAUGCCGCUGAGAAUUAUGUCAAUUCUCUUACAACCCAUGCCAUCCCGAAAGCAAUGACAUUACAGGAAAUAAAGGAUGAAACCAAAAAGGACAAAACAUUGCAAGGACUUCGUGAACAAUUGUGGGAUUCAAAACCCAAAUGGCAUGAACUCAACACAGACAAUGAUGAUAUACAUAAGUAUAUAAACGUUCGGGACGAAUUAACCAUUAAUGACGAGGCAGAUAUAGUUUUGCGAGGGUCUCGUAUUGUUAUACCUCAUUCACUGCAGCACCGAGCCAUAUCCAUCGCGCAUGAAGGUCAUCAAGGCCUUGUCAAAACAAAACAAUUAAUACGUGAGAAAAUAUGGUUUCCAGGCAUAGAUAAGGCUGUUAGG